CCAAAAAACACCAAAAAUUUCAUCCAAAGAUGUUUAGCACAAGCCCUGACCUUCCCCAGAAUAAGACACUCCAAAUUAAGCAGGAGGACAAGUUCUUUUCCAGGCUUUUAUCCAAGGAAAACUCUGUCGCCAAUCCUUCUUUCAGGGUCUACUAUGGUGGAGUCUCCGGUACUGUCCCCUUCAUGUGGGAGUCUCAGCCUGGUACUCCCAAAUAUACAUUCUCUGAUACAUCUCUUCCUCCUCUCACUCCUCCUCCUUCUUACUACUCCAUGCCCAACUCAAAACCCAUCAAGAAGCACUCAAGAUCUAGUCUUUUGCACGCAUUGUUUCCAACAAUGAACAGUUUGAAGAAAACCAAUCUUGUACCUUCAUCACCUUCUUCAUCGUCAUCGUCAUCCUGGUCUUCUUCACCAAUGUUUCUUGCAAUCAGUCCCGCGAAAUAUCAGAGGAGGAGUCGAUUUUCCACCCCAGGUUCAUCGUUUGAUUCGAGAGUAGAUGAUGAAGAAGCUGCAGCCAUUGGAUCACCAACUUCAACUCUAUGUUUCACCGUUAAUGGUAGGGGGAGUGUAAUUGGUAAACUUCGUGGAUGCUACGGCUGGUGA